CUUUAUUAGGGUUUCGACUCGACUCUGAUCAUUUUUGUCUGUUGUGUUCUCCGUCACCGGAAUUGAAAAUUGUAGAAAUGGUGCGGUUGUGGUGUGGGAAGCUCAAACUUUCGAAACCCUAUUUAGCGUUAGCAACACGGAGUAGAAGCCGCUGGUUCAGUUCGCGUGGAGCUCCCUCUCAUCAUCAUCACAGCCUCACAUACUAUGGCAGAACAGAGACAAUCAAUCGGCUUGAGCGAUACAUAACCGAACGCACAUGGACGCAGAAUCCAAUCGUAUGUCAGUACAAAACAACAGUUUCUCCAAGUGCUGCUCAAAAUGUUACUAUUGAGACAUUUGAUUCGUUAUGUAAUCAAGGGAAUUGGAGAGAAGCUGUAGAGGUUUUAGAUUACUUGGAGAAUAAGGGUUUUGCUAUGGAUUUGAUUAGACUCUUAAGGUUAGCGAAAAUAUGCGGUGAACCAGAAGCUUUGGAAGCAGCUAGAGUUGUUCAUGAUUGUAUUAUUGCUCUGGUUUCUCCUUGUGAUGUUGGUUCUCGUAACGCGAUUAUCAAGAUGUAUUCUUGUUGCGGAUCUGUUGAUGAUGCGCUCAAAGUGUUCGACGAAAUGCCUAACAGGAAUUCGGAGACUUGGUGUGUUAUGAUGAGGUGUUUUGUUAACAAUGGAUUUGGUGAAGAAGCAAUCAAUUUGUUUACUCGUUUUAAAGAAGAAGGGAACAAACCAGACGGAGAGAUAUUCAAUGAAGUGUUAUUUACGUGUACUUUGACAGGAGAUGUUAAGGAAGGAUCACUGCAAUUUGAAGCUAUGAACAGAGAAUAUGGAAUCAUACCUUCAAUGGAACACUACCAUAGUGUUAUCAAGAUGUUUGCAACAUUUGGUCACUUGGAUGAAGCACUGAACUUUGUUGAGAGAAUGCGGAUGGAACCGAGUGUUGAUGUUUGGGAAACACUAAUGAAUCUUUCUCGUGUUCAUGGAGAUGUAGAGCUUGGAGAUAGAUGUGCUGAGUUAGUUGAGAAGCUAGAUGCUACAAGAUUGGACAAAGUGUCAAGUGCAGGUCUUGUAGUAACCAAAGCAUCAGACAAUGUGAAGAAGGAACCGAGCAAUCGGUCUGAACCAUAUUGGUGUUAUAAUUUUAGGCCGGUAGAUACUUCACAUCCACAAAUGAAUAUUAUUUACGAGACACUAAUGAGUCUGAGGUCACAAAUGAAAGAAAUGGGUUAUGUUCCUGACACUAGGUUUUAUCGUACUUUAAUCAUGGUGAUGGAGAAUAAAGAACAGGUUUUUGGUUACAGAGAGGAAAUCGCAGUUGUUGAAAGUCUUCUUAAGUCAAAGCCUCGAUCUUCAAUCACUCUGAUAACUAAUGUUCGUAUUGUUGGGGAUUGCCACAAUAUGAUGAAGUUGAUGUCAGUCAUAACUGGCAGAGAACUGAUUAAGCGAGAUUCAAAGCGAUACCAUUACUUCAAAAACGGCGUCUGCAACUGCAACGAUCGCUGGUGAGCUAACUAAUUGUUUUCCUCUACUGUACUCAAAUCUUUUUGUCAAUAGAAACAAGUUUAAUAAAGGUGAGUAUCUAAA